AAAGCAAAGAGCUUAGAGUUGUGAAAGAUAUGAAGAUGGGUGAAAUCUUUGGAAUCACUCUCAUUUUGCUUCUUAUGUUCGUCAACAACAUAGAGUCAAGACAUGAACCAGGAAAACGCUUGAGCAAUGUGGAAGGGAAAGAGGAUAGCAUUGAAGGCAAGCAACCUGAAAAUGAAAAACGGUUUGUUAAGGAUAUAGAACCAAGACCAAGUGCUACCUUUUAUCCAAAAGAGGCGGAAAAGAAAUCAUUUUUUAAAGACAUUGAGCCACGACCAAGUGCCACAUUUUACCCAAAUGAAAAUGUCAAUGUCAUACUUUUUGACAAAGAUAUUGAGCCACGCCCAAGUGCCACAUUUUACCCAAAUGAAAAUGUCAAAACCAUGCUUUUUGACAAAGAUAUUGAGCCACGACCAAGUGCCACAUUUUACCCAAAUGACAAUGUUAAAACCUUAGUUUUUGACAAAGAUAUCGAGCCACGACCAAGUGCCACAUUUUACCCAAAUGACAAUGUCAAAACCUUAGUUUUUGACAAAGAUAUCGAGCCACGACCAAGUGUCACAUUUUACCCAAAUGACAAUGUCAAAACCAUGCUUUUUGACAAAGAUAUUGAGCCACGACCAAGUGCCACUUUUUACCCUAAAGACAAUGUCAAGACUAUACUUUUUGACAAAGAUAUUGAGCUACGACCAAGUGCCUCUUUUUACCCAAAUGACAAUGUCAAGACUAUACUUUUUGACAAAGAUAUUGAGCCACGACCAAGCAUCUCAUCUUACCCAAGUACCACAGCGUAUCCUCACGAUCACAACCCAAAAGUUUCCUCUACUGAUUGUCACGACGAAUCUGACAUACAGCUCCCACGAGCUUAACGUCAUGUCAAUAACAACCAUGGGAGAAGGAAGUUUAUGAUGACAAUAAAAAUGAUGGAGCUUUGAAGAAACCUUAAGCUAUGAUCCAACUACUCGUGGUUUGUAAUUUACUUUUUGUGUUGAAUGUAGUGUGAUUUGUGAAAUAAAUAAAUAUUUUGUGUUCAAGAAUGAUGGAA